GUCACAGUUGGCUACACAAAAUUUAUGCAAUUGCGUUGUGUGGAUUAGUCCGAUGUUAUUGUUUGUUUUGAACAAAAUAAAGAAGAAUUAGUCGAGUGAAGAUUGGAAGCUGGUGGUGGCAAAGAAAGUCUUCCAAAGCCGCUGAAGUGGCUUAACUCACCGGCCCCUUUUCCAUGGAGUUUGGGCCCAGAAGAGCGAGCGCUUCGACACUGGCACCAGACAUGGACAAGCAAGGGAGCAGACCGACGUGGGGCAGGCAGAUCGAGUUCACCCUGGCGGGCAUCGGCUCGGCCGUGGGUCUGGGCAACAUUUGGAGGUUCCCUUACCUUUGCUUCAGGAGUGGAGGAGGUGCAUUUCUGGUUCCAUACCUUCUUAUGCUGGUCGUGCUGGGGAUCCCUUUGCUCCAUAUGGAGUUGACUGUUGGACAAUACACAAAAAGAGGGCCUGUCCAUGCGCUUGCUCAAUUCUGCCCACUUUUAAAAGGUGUCGGAAUAGCAUCGGUGGCCAUUUCCUUCAUCAUGUGCACAUAUUACAAUGUGGUCAUUACUUGGGCCCUCUACUACCUGUUCAAUUCGUUCCAAGAGCCGUUGCCAUGGGAAAGUUGCAACAACACGUGGAACACAGCGAACUGUACUGAUCACGCCACAAACGGCAGCUACUCUUCUAUGGCCAGCAAGGAGUUCUUCAAAUAUAAGAUGCUGCAGCAAACGGUGGGCGUGGAGGAGGUGGGAGUGAUACGCUGGGAGCUUUUCCUUAUUCUUGUGCUGGCUUGGAUCCUCAUCUACCUUUGCAUCUUCAAGGGGACCAAAUCAACGGGCAAAGUGGUGUACUUCACAGCGCUGCUCCCGUACGUCAUCCUCAUUGCGCUGUUGAUCAACAACGUGCAGCUUCCAGGAGCCAUGCAGGGUAUCAACUUCUUCAUUGUGCCUGUUUGGGAAAAGCUGCUUUCAGUGGAGGUUUGGGUGAACGCAGCAGCCCAGAUCUUCAACUCCAUUGGAAUAGGGUUCGGAUCUCUCAUGGCCAUGGCCAGCUACAAUUCGUUCAACAACAACAUUAUUAAGGACACACUGACGAUAGCCAUCGUCAAUUCCCUCACGAGUAUUCUGUCAGGCUUCGUCAUAUUCUCCGCUUUCGGAUACAUGUCCCACCUGCAGGGCGUUCAGGUGCCCCAGUUGGCUGUGGAUGGUCCAGCACUCGUGUAUGUUAUUUACCCACAAGCCUUUGCCGGUAUGCCGUUGCCUCAGCUGUGGGCUGUGUUGUUCUUCUGCAUGCUGCUUUUUCUCGGAAUCGACAGUGAGUUUGCCAUGGUUGAAGUGAUGGUGACCAGUCUGUUGGAUCAGUCCAAUCAGUAUCUGCUGAAAUUCUUCAAGCGGAAAGAGCUGUUAGUUCUUGCAGUUUGCGGAAUCGCGUGUCUUCUCGGAAUUCCAAAUGUGACACAGGCAGGGAUUUAUGUUUUCCAGCUGAUGGAUCAUUACACUGCCAUCGUGUCAAUCAUGUUCCUCGCUUUCUUUGAGGUCAUCGGCAUUUGCUGGCUUUACGGUGUCGGUCGCUUAUCUGACAACUUGGAAGAGAUGACGGGGAAAAGGCCAAACAUAUUCUUCAGGCUGUGUUGGCAAAUCGUUGCUCCUUUUCUCGUCACUGUCAUCCUCAUUUUUUCCAUCAUCCAAUUCAAACCGGCUCGCUACGAAAGCUACGUCUUCCCCCCCUGGGCGCAAGGGCUGGGCUGGGUCAUUGCAAUGGCUUCCAUCAUUUGGAUUCCUCUGGCCACCGUUCACACGCUGUGGCUGCUCCCCGGCUCUUUUGUGCAGAAACUAAAGCUGUCCAUCACACCGAACGCCCUGAAUGAGAUGUCCAAAAUGCCAUACUAUGAAAGGGGAGGAAGUGCUCAAUACCCACCAGCCGUGGCAGUCAUCAGCACAACCAUCAAUCUACAAGACAAACUACCGAAUUAGGCCACUUAACGAAGCGUCUUUGCUUUGUGUAGUUGGAAUGGUCAGGUUUUUUUCUUCUUCUUCUUCUUCUUCUUUUUAUGUACACAGUCAGUGUUAAACUGUAUUCUCUGCUGACACACACACUCAAAAGGUGGAGUCAGAACAUUUACUACCUUGACCCCAGGAACUGCUGUAUCACAUGUAACUGCAGUUGUGUAAAUAGUUGUACUGCACUGUAUUUGUAUUUAACUAUUACAUUAGAAUGUGAUGAUAGUAUUUAAAAAUGACAAAAUAACAGCUGAGACUUGCAUGAGCACAAACAUUUAUGCUCUAAUGCAACCCGUACAGAAUGAUGAAUAAACCACGAUGGACGAAUUUAGUGUGGGCGAUUCAUUUAUUAGGCCAAAUGCAAGGUGGCUGAGUGAAAGGCUAAAUGUGUAAUCAUAAUCAGCAGUACACGGGUCAUGCUGCUCUGAUGCAUUAUGUAAAGUGUAAUAAAAACUUACUACACUUGACAUGCAAUAGAUUUCCUUCACACUUUACAUGUACGUACUCAAAUAUCUAAAAACAUACAAUAUAGGCAGGCAAUAGAUAGGUAUUUAUUUCCACUGAAAGGACAGAGUGCCACAAAAAGGUAUUUGCGCCAUCUCAAAUUAUUAUUUUUCAGGAAUUUUUUCACGCGAAUGUUAAAAGUGGAUGGAGAAAAAAAACAUUCUAAGUUACCUGGCCAUCUGUGAAGAAGGAACUGCCCCCUUGUUGAAUCAGGAAUUAGAUGGGGCUUAGUCACUUUUUUUUUUUUUUGCUGUGUUAAGUUUCACUGACCACACCCAAGCCUUAUUAUUUCCAGACCUCUUCAAUCAAGAAAUCACUACAAUAAAACCUGUUUGACAAAAUAUAGCCAGCCAAAACUAUCUCAAAAAGCUGCAUUGAAAUUCCAGAAUACAAAGAAAUUCAAUAAACAGAUGAGAAAUGAAGUGACA